UGCAGGAUGUCUACUGAGGUCAUUCAUCAGGUUGAAGAGGCACUUGAUGAAGACGAGAAGAAAAUGCUUCUUUUUAUGUGCCGGGAUGUGGCUGCAGAUGUUGCUCCGCUUAAUGUCAGGGACCUUCUGGAUAUUUUAAGUGAGAGAGGAAUGCUGUCUGCCAUGGGCUUGGCCGAGCUGCUCUACAGAGUGAGGCGGUUUGACUUGCUCAAGCGGAUCUUCAAGAUGGACAGAAAGGCAGUGGAGGCCCACCUGCUCAGGCACCCUCGCCUUAUUUCGGACUAUAGGGUGCUGAUGACAGAGAUUGGUGGUAAUUUGGAAAAAUCUGAUCUGUCCUCAUUAUUUUUCCUCAUGAGGGAUUAUACUGGUCGAAAAAAGGUAGCCAAGGAUAAGAGUUUCCUAGAUCUUGUGAUCGAAUUAGAGAAACUUAAUCUGAUUGCUCCAGAUCAAUUGGAAUUACUAGAAAAAUGCCUGAAGAACAUCCACAGAGUAGACCUGAAGACAAAAAUCCAGAAAUACAAGCAAUUGGCUCAAGGAGCUGGGACAAGUUAUACAAAUUCACUCCAGGCAUCAUUCCCAAAUUUGAGUCUUAAGGAUCCUUCAUGUAACUUAAGGCUCCAGAAUGGGAGAAGUAAAGAACAAAGACUCAAUGUGGGACAACUUGACCUUCAAAGAGAAUCAGUGAAGGCAUCCAUCCAGGAAUCAGGAGCAUUUCCACCGCGGCACAUACCAGAAGAGAGAUACAGGAUGCAGAGCAAGCCCCUAGGAAUCUGCCUGAUAAUCGAUUGCAUUGGCAAUGACACAGAGUUUCUUCGGAACACCUUUACUUCCCUGGGCUAUGAAGUCCAGUAUUUCUUGUAUCUGAGGAUGGACAGUAUCAUCCAGAUUCUUCGCCAAGUUGCCCGCAUGCCCCAACAUGAAGACUAUGACAGCUUUGUGUGUGUCCUGGUGAGCCGAGGCGGCUCCCACAGUGUGUUUGGCGUGGAUCAGACACACUCGGGUUUCCCUUUGGAUCAGGUCAGGAGGAUGUUCAUGGGAGAUGCAUGCCCUUCUCUCUUAGGGAAGCCAAAGCUCUUUUUUAUUCAGAACUAUGUGGCGUCAGAGGACCCGCUGGACAACGGCAGCUUGCUGGAGGUGGAUGGACCAGCCGUCAACAAUGUGGAAUCCAAAGCCAAGCAGCCUGGGCCAGGCACCAUUCACCGAGAAGCGGACUUCUUCUGGAGCCUGUGCAAGGCGGAUGUGUCCCUGUUGGAACGGCCCUCCAGCUCUUCUUCAUUGUACCUGCAGUGCCUCUCCCAGAAACUGGGGAAAGAAAGAAGACGCCCGCUCCUCGAACUCCACAUUGAACUCAAUGGCAGCGUGUAUGACUGGAACAGCAGAGUGUCUGCUAAGGAGAGGUACUAUGUCUGGCUGCAGCAUACUCUGAGAAAGAAGCUUGUCCUCUCUUGCAAAUGA